AUGCAAACACCACCAAAGCACUCCGGCCACCACCUCCCGCAGAGUUAUUCACUCCUCGUCGCCGGGUCCUUCCUCCGUGGCCCCCCGCCGUCGAGGAUCGGCCGUACCCAGUCUGUGUCCUCGGGUCUCACUACCGCCACAGCCUUCUUCAUCGUUUUCAUCGUUGAUGCCUCUGUGCGCACCACGGCGGGCUCUAGCUGGCGGCAAGGGGGCGGCGUUGGGCCAUGCCGCCCCUGCGACAGCAGCCGCAACUGUGGUCGCCGUCCCAGAAGGAAUUCACAGCAGCGACCGUUGGACAGCGUUACAGGUACGAAUGACAGGGCCAUUUCGUGGGACUAAAGAGGCCUUGUUGCAGAAAUAUUCUGGAUCGGGUUAUGUAUUCGUCGUAUUGCAGCAGUCGCAUGAAGGUAGAGGAAAGAAGAACCACCCAAGGGUGGACAACCGGGGAGUAGUCUAGUCAACCAGCAUGCUUGCUGUACCCUCAACAACAAGUGAACAGAGGGUGCGCUUUGUCUUUUAUGUUCGCGCAUGCAGAAUAACCUGUCCCUACAUGUGCAUAGAUCAACACACAAACACACACAUGGAAGUCCGAUCUGUGAAAUUGGAAAAAAAAGAAGGCGAAAGAGGGGAAAACGUUAUGGUAAUGUCCCCCAAAAGACAAUAAUAAAACACCUCUGCAUGAUACGGAGAGAGUUCGUGAACGCCCAAGUGGCAAAGAACCUCGCGCUGCUCGUGACUUCAUUCUGCUUCUGUCGCGUGUUACCGAUCAUGUUUAACUCAACAUCUCUCUGAUGUCCAUCUGUCGCGCUGGUUUCGCGGAGUGUGCUUCGAUGAACAGCAUCUUUGUCUUGCCAAGAUGGUACGCUUCCUCGCUUAGUCCACGACUCCUCAACACUCUUGAAGCGAUCCAAAAUGCUACGGUAACUCCGAGUAGGGCGGCGGCGCCAUCACUUCCCCACCCCCCGCACCGCCAACUUCUCCAGCCCCAUCUACCUCUAUUUCUCUUU